AUGCGCUCGGGUAAAAAGCUGUGCGCGUCGCACCCCGGUCGCACCCCCUGCCCGUCCAAGAUGCCCGACAGCCUGUGCGGCACCUGGGACAUGGUGAGCAGCAUCAACUUUGAGGGCUACAUGGUCGCGCUCGUUGAGUCCCCCCCCCCCAUGAUCACGCCAGCUCGCAUGGCUUUCCUUACCAAUGAAAUACCCUGUGCAGUAAUUCAGGGGAUCUGCCCGAUGCUCUGCAAGUUGGCGCUCAAGGUGAAGCAGAGGAAGGUGGUUGAGCAGCGGGGAGACGUGUACGUGGUGAAGACCCUGAGCUCACUGAGGAACCACUCGCUGUCCUUCAGGGUGAACGAGGAGUUCGAGGAGUUCACCAAGGGCCUGGAUGAGCGGCACUGCAAGUCCCUGGUCACCUGGGAGGGCAGGAAGCUCGUGUGUGUGCAGAUGGGCGAGAAGAAGAACCGAGGCUGGGCCCACUGGAUCGAGGACGACAAACUGCAUCUGGAACUGUACUGCGAAGGCCAGGUGUGCAAGCAGGUUUUCAAGAGGCACGACUGA